AUGCUUCAUAGGAUCUUUGUGAAUCAUCACGCAGUAUCAACAACAACAUCAUCAUAUGUAACAAAGGCAGUAGCUUCAGCAUCAGCAUCGUCAUCAUCAUCAAAGAUAUUUCAUUAUUGUACUUCAACGAGUAAUUCUAAAUCGACAGAUGAAUUGGUCAAACAAUUAGAUGGAGCAAAGAGAUACAAUCUAUUACAAUCAUUGGUGAUUGUUAAGCCGAGAGAACAAUAUCUUCCACACCUUGUACCUCAAAUACGGUUUAAUAUCAGCAAGUGUGGAUGGAAUAUUGCAAAGGCAUCGUCGAUGCCGUUGGCAGAGGGUAACUUGCCUCUUUCCAAGCUGAAAGAGUACAUGGUGCUACCACAAGUUGCAAAGGGACGUGAGGCACCGUACGUGGGUAUGGCCAAGCAAGUGUACCCCAAUGCAGUACACAUUAACAAGCAAUCGGAUAAGCUGUGGGUCGAGACAACAUGCAAUCGUCUCAUUGACCUGUACAAGGCACAUUUAGAGACGGAAGACGCAUUUGUCAGAUGGAGAGUACAUAUUGGAGGUCGUUCAGAACACCAUUUACAAUCAUUGGUUAGUGCUAUCACCAAUAUGGUAUCGACAAGAUGCAAACCAUUACACCAACUAUUUUGUAGUUCACCCACCGAGACUACACCAUACACCAAGGGAGAUGUACUCGUCCAAUUAUUAUUCACAGGCAAGGAUACUGGAUACGUGUCUAUUGCAACACCACCUCUCAUGACAUACUUUCAAAAGACUAUAUCUAGAUUACCUAGUGGUGCUAUCCCAGAGUUCUCGGAUCGACUAAAAGAACGUAUUCUCAAACACCAAGGUACAGUCAAUCAAGGUGGAGGUAAAGAUGGAAUCAUAUCACAGAACCUACCGUCUCGUUCCUAUCUAAAGUUGGCAGAGUUGGCAGAACGGUUCCCAGACUAUUCAAUGGAGUCUCCAGCGGGAGGCGUAGCUAUUGAUUUGGGAGCAUCUCCUGGAGGAUGGUCAUUGUUUGCGUUGGAGCAAGGGUGUCGUGUGGUGUCUAUCGACAAGGCACAAGUAUUUGACAAGAGGCUGGAUAGAUACAAAGAUCGUUCCAUCACGAUACAAGGUGAUGCGUUAGAAUAUGAGCCUCCCAAGGCUGUCGACUGGUUACUGUGCGACAUGAAAGUACCAGCACGAACCAGUAUCGAACUACUCUCCAAAUGGCUCCAACAAGGUUGGUGUGACAGAUUCAUAGUGACACUCAAAUUUGAAGGCACCAUGUUGAUCACUAGCGACAUUGAAAAGCUCAUCAAAGACACUAUCCUACCUCACACUCAAUAUUUUAAUGCUCAUAGUUUAGAUAAUGGUGGAAAAGAAGUUAAUUUAUUUGGUACUAGAAAGAUUAAUAAAGUACUUGGUAUAUUUUAA